UAUUUGGCAGCUGCUGCCUCACCCACGGCUUCUGAUCUCUAAGAGGACGUUCCUCUCCUGAACUACCUGCACCAUGGCCCACCAAUUCCCAGCCCUCACCGCAGCGCAGAAGAAGGAGCUCUCAGAAAUCGCCCAGCGCAUUGUUGCCAACGGGAAGGGGAUCCUGGCCGCCGAUGAGUCUGUAGGCACCAUGGGGAACCGCCUGCAGAGGAUCAACGUGGAGAACACGGAGGAGAACCGCCGGCAGUUCCGAGAAAUCCUCUUCAGCGUGGACAGCUCGGUCAGCCAGAGCAUCGGGGGCGUGAUCCUGUUCCACGAGACCCUCUACCAGAAGGACAGCCAGGGAAAGCUGUUCAGGGACGUCCUUAAGGAAAAGGGCAUCGUGGUGGGGAUCAAGUUAGACCAAGGAACUGCUCCCCUUGCAGGAACAAACAAAGAAACCACCAUUCAAGGGCUUGAUGGCCUUUCUCAGCGCUGUGCUCAGUAUAAGAAAGACGGUGCUGACUUUGGGAAGUGGCGCGCUGUGCUGAGGAUCGACAAGCAGUGUCCCUCUGCCCUCGCCAUCCAGGAAAACGCCAACGCUCUGGCUCGCUACGCCAGCAUCUGCCAGCAGAAUGGGCUGGUGCCCAUUGUGGAGCCAGAGGUCAUUCCUGACGGAGACCACGACAUGGAGCACUGCCAGUACGUCACCGAGAAAGUCCUGGCUACUGUCUACAAGGCCCUGAACGACCAUCACGUGUACCUGGAGGGCACCCUGCUGAAACCCAACAUGGUGACCGCCGGGCACGCCUGCACCAAGAAGUAUGCUCCAGAGCAAGUGGCUAUGGCCACGGUCACCGCCCUCCACCGCACCGUGCCUGCUGCUGUGCCUGGCAUCUGCUUUUUGUCUGGCGGCAUGAGUGAAGAGGAUGCCACCCUCAACCUCAAUGCUAUCAACCUUUGCCCUCUACCCAAGCCCUGGAAACUGAGUUUCUCUUACGGACGGGCCCUGCAGGCCAGCGCCCUGGCGGCCUGGGGCGGCAAGGCUGCAAACAAGAAGGCGACGCAGGAGGCGUUUAUGAAGCGGGCUGUGGCUAACAGCCAGGCAGCCAGAGGCAAGUACGCUUCCACGGGCUCUUCUGGGGCUGCGUCCACCCAGUCGCUCUUCACAGCCAACUACACCUACUAG